GGAAGCGACGGCGGUCUUUUUUUCUGGGAAAAUUUAAAUUUGUGCAAAAUCUGUAUAUAUUUGUAAAUCUUGUUGUAAAUACCUUUCCUUUUGUAUAUAAUUUCGUUAUUUAUAUAUUUUCUAUAGUCUGUUUUGUAUAAAGUGUUGCUGAGGUCGGGGUAAGUUUUUACCUUUCCAGCGAUGGGCGGCAAGAAGAGGAAAAAGAAGGAGCAAGAAUAUGAAACCAAUUCGGUAAUCCAGAGCUCUGAUAGUGACUCAGAAUACUCUGACGCGUCAGAGUCGCCACUGGACAAAUACAAACCAUAUAGGGUCGCCGAUUAUAGUCGUAGAUAUCCUGAAGAUAGUCCAGGGCAUGAGCACGUCGUGUUCAUAGCUAGCUCGGAUGAAAAUGUCCCAAUAGGUUCCAGAGAUAUGAUGUAUUUAAGUAAUAGUUUCACUCGCUUUGUAAAAGGGAUAAAAUAUUUUAAAAAAGUCAACAAAUAUAGAAUGGGGGUUGUAUUCGAUAAUCCUAACAUGGCUAAUUCAUUCUUGGACAAUGCUACUUUCCAUAGAGAACAUCGCAUCACUGCUUCUAUUCCGGCAGCGGUUACAGAAAUAACUGGUGUUAUAACUAAUGUUCCAUCAGACUUGUCAAACAAAACAAUCUUUAAAGUUCUUUCUACUACAACAAAAAAAAUUAUUUGUGUUCGUAGAAUAAUGCGUAAAGUAAAAGAAGGCGAAUCUUAUAACUUACAACCCACUCAGACCGUGGCGAUUACGUUUGCAUCUUGUGCGUCUUUACCUGAUUAUGUUUAUUUAAAAAUGUGGCGUGUACCUGUUCUGCCAUAUAUUCCACCGAUUAAACAAUGUUUCCGGUGCCUACGUUAUGGCCAUCUUGCCAAAUUUUGUAAAAAUGCAGAACGUUGUUCUAUCUGCACUGAAGGCCAUAGCUUCAAAAAUUGUAAUGUUUCUUUAGCGAAUGCAGUUUGUAUUCAUUGCAAAGGCAAUCAUAUAGCCAUUUCAGGCACUUGUCCAGUAAAAAAACAAAAAAUUAUUGAAAAUAAAAACAAGAUUAUUCCACAGUCCUAUUCUGAAACCUUGAAAAACAACGCCUUUCCAUCACUUACUAAUCCAAAAAAUUCACAAGAAUUCCAAAAACUUGUUCUCUCUGACACUAAAAUGCUCAGCUUCAUCACUGAAGCAAUCAUAAAGGUGAUUUCACACAAUAAAAUCAAUAAUAACACUAUUGUAAAUACUAAAACUAUUGCAGACACUCUUAAGGAUAUACUUAAGACAAAUUCAGUUUGUUCGGAAAAUUCACAGGUAUAA